GACAUGACAACGAAGCGGUCCUUACAUGCACCUCUAGCCUGCACGUACCGCUGUCUGUCAGACAACACUCAGGGCAAAGUGCCAUCUGGCGCCUGGUACCCAAACACUUUGUUAAAGCCGCUUGAUAACGCUGAUGAAUGAGCGCGCUCUCUAACUGAUGCCUGUGAGGACGAGUGCACGCUGACACCGCUUUCAAACAGGACCUGUUCUUUUCGGAUGCUCUGAGGUGAGCGGCUGUUGACAUGACAACAGACGAGGCAGAAAGUCACCAGAAAAAGCCGAGGCAGCAGGAGGAAGCUGGCCAGGGCGCCAGACCUCCCACUCCAGAGGACGACCAGCUCCGACCUCAAAACCACAACCCUGCUGGCCGCGGUCUCACACGCCUCUUUUCCUCCCUCCUGAAAAGGCGUUCACAGUGUGAGAGCGAGGGUGGAGAAAAGGAGGACAAGGAGGAAGAAGCUAAAGCACCCAUCGCUGACCCCGAACCUGAACUAAAAACAGAGGGCGAGGUCGCCCUUGACCAGCACUCAGUAAGCAGCGCUGAGGCUCAGGCUACCCAGGUAGAGAAGAAAGAGACUGACGAGGACAAGGUUGGAAAAGACAAGGAGAAACACGAGGACAAGGAAGGGGAGGUUACCGUGGAGAAAGAAGAGGAGAAGGACAAAGAGAAGAAGGAGGAGGAGGAGGAGUCUGGCCCUGAAGAAGGCAGUAGGGGAGAAAAGGACGAGAAAACAGCAGAAGAAGAAGCCAAAGCUCCCAGAGCGCCACGCCGACCCAAGACCAUGCAGAUCAAAGUCACACUGCUGGACGACACUCAGUACGAGUGUGAGCUGGACAAACACGCUAAAGGCCAGGAGCUGUUCAUGAAAGUGUGUGACCACCUGAACCUGCUGGAAAAAGACUACUACGGCCUGGCAAUCUGGGAAACUCCCACUAUGAAGACUUGGAUGGACCUGACCAAAGAGAUCCGCAGGCAGGUACAAGGUGCCAACUAUAAUUUCACUUUCAAUGUAAAAUUCUAUCCACCGGACCCAGCCCAGCUAUCAGAAGACAUCACAAGAUACUAUCUUUGUCUCCAACUGCGAAAGGACAUCCUCCAGGGCCGCCUCCCCUGCUCCUUCGUUACUUUGGCUCUGCUGGGCUCCUACGCUUUGCAGUCAGAACUUGGUGAAUAUGACACCGAAGUGCACGGCAGUGAAUAUGCUAAAGAAAUGAAAAUGGCCCAAGGUCAAACCAAGGAGCUGGAGGACAAAAUGAUGGAGCUGCACCGCACAUACAGAUCCAUGAGCCCAGCGCAGGCAGAUCUGAUGUUCCUGGAGAAUGCCAAGAAACUUUCCAUGUAUGGAGUGGACCUCCACCAGGCCAAGGAUCUGGAUGGAGUUGACAUCAUACUGGGGGUGUGUGCCAGUGGUCUGAUGGUUUACAAAGAUAAACUGAGGAUCAACCGUUUCCCCUGGCCCAAAGUCCUCAAAGUCUCAUACAAACGAAGCAGCUUCUUCAUCAAAAUAAGACCAUCCGAGGUGGAACAUUAUGAGAGUGCCAUUGGAUUCAAGCUUCCCAACUACAAGGCAGCCAAAAAGCUGUGGAAAGUGUGUGUCGAACAUCACACCUUCUUCAGGCUGACCUCCUCUGAGAUGGCCACCACCCCAAGGAAGUUCCUAGCAUUGGGCUCGAAGUUUCGUUACAGCGGUCGGACUCAGGCGCAGACCAGACAGGCUAGCUCUCUGAUUGACAGACCAGCUCCCCUUUUCCAGCGCUCCUCCAGCAAGAGGAACUCUCGCAGUCUGGAUGGAGCAAUGGUGUCGACUCCCGACAACAAGUCCAGUCGUCCUGUCAGUGCCCCUGUUAUGUCACCAGUGUCACCUGGGGAGGCCACCCCGUCACCCCUGCUACCCACCCUGCCUCGUUCUGACCACCACGAUGUCUCCACGCCCAGAGGACACCGAUAUUCCAGCAGAAAGGCAGAGCUACAGGCACAAUGCCUGACAACUGACAGCGUCAAGAGCCACAGUGCCAAGUCUACUCCAGAGAUUAAGACGGUGGGCAGGAGAGAGCGGAGGCAUGCCCCGUCUUUGGCCAUCACUAAUGGGGAAAAAGAACGAAAAAGCCAGCACUCUCUUCAGGACAGAAAGAUGGAGAUGGUUCGAGUGAGGAAGAAAAGAUCAAAGAAACUUGAGGGUGAAACAAUUUAUAUCAGACAUAGCAAUUUAAUGUUGGAGCAGUUUGGUUUGUCUGGAAAAUCUGUUCUUCCACAACCUCUAAAGGACCUGGAUAAGACCCAGACUGAAAUUAUGCGGCACCAUACCAGCAUCAGCGAGCUAAAAAGGAGUUUCAUGGAGUCUGUACCGGAGUCUCGGCCCAGCGAGUGGGAUAAGCGUCUUUCCACCAACUCUCCUUUCCGCACAGCGAGCAUCAACGGUCAGCUCCAACCAGCAUAAUGAAAUGUGUGACAGAAGCUGGGAACCACCGUCCUGUACCUUUAUUACUGGGCCUUCUUAGGGGUUUGGUGCUUCUGGAAAAUUAGCCCACAUGGCAUGGAUAACCCUAUCCAAGACCUCGUCCAGGUUUGUUCUCUGAUAUGAACAAAUAAGAGGUGUUGCAUGGGUGUGCAUGCCUCCACUAAAACCAGUGCUGUUUCAAUGAAACAACAUCUUUGGUUCAGCUCUGUUCAUCAGUAGCAGCACUUAGUUUGGCGCUUUGUCUUGUCCUCUCUUUGUGUAGCUGCUUCAAGCUUUGCGACCUUGCUUGACCUGCCAGCUGCAUGGCUCGGUUAAUCUGCGCAUGUCCACUGACUCUCAUACAAACUGCAACAGUUACAAAACCCAAGAAAACAAGCUGAAGGCCAACGGUGCCAAGAGGACUGUUCCCCCACCCCUCGUCAUCCUUAUUCCUCCACCCUGCAUCGUUCCCUUGUUCACUCUUUGUUUCCUGUAUCUCUCUCAUCUCCCUUUCCUCUGUAGCGUCUGGGCUAAUCCCAGCUACGCCAUCCUCUUCCCAAGAGCUUCCAUCAUCCUUCCCUGUGAGUUUAUAAACUGAAGGUCAGAGAGGAGGCCAGCAAAGUUACGAUAUUCCCCUCUGGCUUCUCUUCUACCCACAAUGUGAAGAUACAGUUUUUAUCUCAGAAAUUAUAUUUUACUGAAAAUCUAGCCAUAGCAGCACUUUUUAUUUUAUUUUUAAAAUAUAUAUAUAUUUGCUGAAAGCCUCAGGCUAAAUUGUUAAAUUUCACAUUAGUGCUUUGCUGAGUUAUGGUAUGAAAAAAUAAAAAUACCCUUCUCAUCAUCUCAAAGAUCUCUAAAGCCCACGAUGAUGGACCCCGCUCUGUCCCCGUGCAGACUCCCCAGCCUGUGAUCUUUUUACGCCGUUUCAUCUUUUGGUGACUGGCUCUUACUCACCAAUGAAGGAUUGUGAUGAUUUUUUAAAUUUACUGACUCGGUGUAUUUCACCUGGAAUGAGUUCUCUAACGUCCUCUUCAGACUCGUGACACAGAGAAUUCGCCUUCACUAAAGGCACUGCAGCGGUCAGCUCUUCCACUCCAGUGCUGUGUGUACACAUUCACAGGGAUGGGCAAAUCUAUAAUUACUCAUAGAUUUGGAUUAUUUAACAUGUAGCUGCCUGAUGUUAAGUUACUCGUUUAACUGAACUUGUUAAAAAUCCCAUUUAAUUACCGGAAAGUUGCAGUUUCAUGAGUGUGAAUCCAUGAAAUCCACCGUAUUGCCAAAAGUGUUCAUUCAUCUGCCUUCACACACAAAUUAUUUAAUUAUUCAUCCAUAGGGUUUAUGAUGAUGUUAGUUCAGCCUUUACUGUUAUAAUUACCCAUAAUUCCGUUGUCCAUGUACAGUGAGUAUAAAGGGCUGUUCUUAUUGUGUUUGUGGGAAUUCUCGUUCUUCCAGAAGCACCUUUGUGAGGUUGGAUGAGAAGGUCAUUUAUCCCAAAGGUGUUCUAUGUGUCAAGCUCUUCCACACCAAACUCGCUCGUCCAUGUUUUUAUGGACCUUGCUUUGUGCACUGGUGUGUAGUCAUGUUGCCACCAUGUGACCUACCACUUUGUGGCUGAAUUGCUGUGCUUCCCACUUUGUUACAAUACCAGUAAAGGAGACUCUGGAAUAUGUAGAAGUGAUUUCACGACUGGACUUCUUACUGAGGUGGGCUCCUAUCAGGGCCCACGCUGGGAUUCACUAAGCUCCCGAGCAAGACCCAUUGUUGCGCACAGUUGUGUAGAAGCAGUACACAGGGGUGGCUGUAGCUCAGGAGGUAGAGCAGGUCACCUACUGAUCGGUGGUUCGAGCCCUGGCUCCUCCAGUCUGCGUGUCGAGUGUCCUUGGGCAAGAUACUAACCCCAAGUUGCUGAAUGUGUGUGAGUGUAGUUAGAAAGCACUGAGUACAGAGUGUGUUUGGGUGAAUGUGACAUGUUGUACAGAGCGCUUUGAGCACUCCAGGAGAAAAGCGUUAUAUAAGAAUCAGUCCGUUUACACAUGCCUAGGUGCUCGAUGUUAUACACCUAUGGCCACGGCAUCGACUUGAACGCCUGAAUUCAGUGAUUGGGGUGGGUGAGUGAAUACUUUUGGCAAUGCAGGUUAUACUGUACUUCAAAUCCACAAUAAUCAGAAGGCAGAUCACUCUGAAAAAGCAGGACUCAGAGGCUCUCAUGCUGAUGUUUUUAAUGUUUUUAAAUCCAAGCACUUGAUUGGGUUUCCUAAGAGCAGAUUAACACAUGAGUGCCCUUCACAUACUCAAUAAUAAAGACAGCCUGAAAGCUUAGUGUUUUCAGACAUGAAUCUGUGUACCUUCAUCCAUUUCCUCUUCCUCUAUGAUCCUUCCCUCUGUCAGUCGACUGUAUUUCACAUGUCUGUUCAUUGUUAUCUGUCUCUCUUGGCCUGCUGCUGA